AGCAGCAGCAUCACUGAGCAGUGAACAACAUCCAGGGAAACCCAGGAGCUAAACUAAAGGCAAAGCACGUCUGUCUGUUUCUGCUCCUCAAUCUGCAGCCACUGAACUCCUGAAGCUUCAAACAAGACACAGAAAUGAAAGUGGCCGUUAUUUUCGUUCUGCUCUUCGCCACAGUCCUCUGCCGGCCGGCAAGAAAGGUUUCUGUCAGCAGUUCAGAGAGCUCCGAGGAAGCGGUGAGACGGCCAGCAGCUCCAGCCCUCAGAAAACAGGCUCUAGAUCGUCCUCAGAACCGUGCAGCUCCUGUGCAGAGCAUUGUUGCAGAAGCAGCAGCUGCUGCUGCCAGCUCGGACGAGAGCCCAGACGGCUCAGACGAAGAAGAGCAGGCGGCAGCAAAGGCUUUCAUGGAGAUCACGUCUGACAACACAGACACAACUUCGUCCCCAGAUACAGCCACUGUCAACGAUGAAGACGACGACGAUGAUGAUGAUGAUGAUGAUGACACAGAGGAGAGUGAAUCCAACAACGAUGAAUCUAGCGACAGCUCAGAGUCGGGCGAGUCCUCCACCCCCGCCACCGCCACCGACACCCCCGUGGUCGUGACAGAGGAACCCGUGGCUGCAACCACUCCCGAGCCCAUCGUGCCUUCCAUCGUCACCGACACAGAUGCAGGCCGCGGCGACAGCUUGGGAGGCUACCCCAGCGACUACAAGUCCAUCGUCUACGUGGAGGACAAAUCCUACCAAAAGGUCCCUUCUCCCUACAAGUCCUACGAGUUUGUCGGCACGGGGAAGAAGAUGGCCUACGACAUGACAGAGGGCAAUGAGGUGGAGAAGUCCCUGACAGUGUACAAGGUACAGGCUCUUCAGGUCCACUCUGACCUGUUGGAGGAGGACACCAGCACCCCUGAGGUAGAGAGCCAGGGCCUGGACGCUUCCUCUGGCACCUCUCAGGAUCAGAAACUUAGCCCCCGCCAGGCCGCCCUGCCAGAGGAGGAGGAGAGCGCUAGCACCACCGAGAGCUCCAGCACCCCAGAGGAAGACGAAAGCGCCAGCAAUAGCGCCAGCGCCAGCCAGGAGUCGGAGGACGAGGACAGCCAGAGCAGCGAGGAGGCCACGGCCACACCCGGAGCUGCUGACAGCGAAUCCGAUGAGAGUGCUGGGAGCGAUUCAGAUGAGGAGGGGGCGGGACCUGACACCACCACAGACAUGCCGGUGGUCAUCACGGCCAAAUAAGCACCGCCCAUCCAGGGAAUAGACUGGACGCUGGUGUCAGAUAGAGUCACAAAAGAGCACACGCGGCAUCCAGGCGCAAAUAUUCCACUGUAGGGCCAAAUAGGGACAGCCAAGACUUCAUUAAUUGAUUUCAAUGUGUUCAAACAAUAUUUUUGUGAUUAUUUGUGCACCUUUUGGAAAGCAAAAAUGCUUUUCCUUUUGGAUUGUAUUUAAAUAAACCAAUAACCCCUGCACCCUGUGGUCUGGUUGCCCUGGUAAAUCCCAUGUUUGACCCCAAAGGGGAAAAGCGGUCACAUUGCUAACUGCAACGGGAGGUGGACAUUUGCCCCCCCUCUCUCCCCUUAAUGGCAGGAUGAGACGUCAUAACUGGGAAAGAACAAAG